AUGAGGCCCGGAGUGGAGACCGGCCCUCUGCUCAAGAGGCGGUACAAGCAGGCGUUGCAGCCAGGGGAGAUCGUGUUCUCGGCGUGGCUGACGACGGCCACCUUCGCCGCGGUGCACCUCUGCUGCAGCACGCCGCUCUUCCGGUGGCUCGCGCUGUCGUUCGUCCUCUGCGUCGUGGUGCUCUGCCUCGCGCUGCUCCUGGUGGCGCACAGGAGGCGCCAGAGGCACGAGCCUUACAGGUCCUGGCUCGUGGCGGCGCUGUUCUGCUCCGCUGCGGCGGUGGCGGGCGGCGUGCUCGGAGAGAAGUCAUGGUUUCAGUACUCCGCCUUUAGUGUUGUCUACGACAAGAUGGCUAGCUACGUCAACAUCGACCCAUCAGGAUUCGUCGACAAGGGCAGAAGCUACAUGGACGCGGGCACCGUGUACUUCAAAGAGGGCUCUUACGUGGACAGCAAAAGCGCCAUCGCUUUCCACAACGGCCUCACGUAUUGCGUGGCGCCCAUUCUGCGCGGCAACGGCUCGAGGCCCGUGGGUACCGACUUCUGGGCGGUCGGUGUUGACUGUUGCGGCGACAGCGGCGAGAAGUUUCGGUGUGGCGACGUGUCCUCCAAGACCCGCUCGGGCCUUCGCCUGCUGGACGACACGAGCAGGGCCAUGUACCAGCUUGCCGUGCAGGAGUGGAGUGCCACCGCAGGACGCCUGGCCGUGGACCAUCCCGUCUUCUUCCGCUGGACCCAGGAGACCCGCUGA